AUGGCACGGAGCCAAGAAAUAAAGACGAGAAAUCACAAUUUCAAAGGAGAGUGCGACCUUGUGAAGUCGGUCUAUAGGGCGACUCUGUGGAGUUGGCCUACAAGCAACCCUGUGAGGUCGACCUACAAGCGACCCUAUGAGGUCAAACUACACUACGACCUUGAGAGGUCGACCUACGGGCGACUUUGUGAGGUUGGACUCUGCCACCCUAUGAGGUCAAUUUAUAAGCAACCCUAUGAGUACAUUUUACAGGACGACCUUGAGAGGUCGAAUUGCAUGGCAAUUCUGUGGAGGCGAUUUAUACAUGAUCCUAUGAGGCCGAUCCACAUGCGACCUUAUGAAGUCGGUUUACAUGACUACAUGCGAUAA